GACGAGGAUCAGCACCUCAUCAGGAGAAGAUUGAUAAAAAUCGAAGAGUUUUUGGAGGAUCGAUCACACAGACAUCAUGGUGCUGAAAUCAGAAUUUUUCUGCUUCAUCUUAAUCAUCACCUCCGAUCUGGUGUCACCGACUCGCCGUAACGCCACCCGCCGACCUGGUGCCCCGCACCCGCGCUUUUCCAACACCAACGAAGACUACAACGACUACUACGGCGAGGAUCUUUUAAGUCCAGCCACGACUCUUAAACCCGCCGGCACCCCUAAACCCUGCCACUUCGACCUCUGCCAGGACCAGCAGGUGUCAUGCCACGAGCUGGCAAAGGCCACGGGCUGCUCCUGCCCCGGUAUCAGCGGCCACUUCCAGCCUCCGGAUCCUCCUCAUCUGCGCAUCCUGUCCUCGGAAGCUCCGGGGACGGUGGUGGUGCACUGGUGCGCUCCGGCCUCUGCCGUCACGCACUACGUCGUCCUGGUGGGGGGUCAGGACGAGGGCCGUCAGGCCGGAGAGAGGACAAGGCUGAUGGAUUUAGGAGAUAUAGCGCCUGGCACCGAGGUGUGCGUGCAGGCCGUGAACAGAGCGGGCAUCAGCGCCAGGGGGAGUCUCUCAUGCGCUCGGUUCGAGCCCCGUGGCCCGGAGUCGGGUCUCGCCCUGAAACUGGGGCUGAUAGGAGGAGCCGUGGUGCUGGCGGUAGUGCUGGUGCUGGCACUGCUGACGUGGAGGUGUAGACGGCGACAAAAAGCUCCGACACGGACAGGAAACCGAGGAGCCUAAAGCACGGAACGAAUUUUGCAAUCGAACACGUCGAUUUGUUCCAGUUCAGGCUGAAAACAUCCAUACUGGAAAUUCUUGCAUGAACAGACCUUAUCCAAUCAGUGACUGCAAGAUACCCAGUAAAAAAGUGUUUGGACACCUGACCAUGAGCUUGUUGGACAUCCUGUUUAGUUAGACGAUGUUCUUCAUCCUUCCUGGUAUACGUACAGUAUAAGUCUUAAACUCAGAUCCCCUGUAAUUAAGGCCCUAUCUAAUUCACAGACCGUGAAAAUCACGUCAUGGGCCGUGAGACGAGCCUUUUAACUUUAAUGUUUGUGUUUAGCGGUUUGACGUUUUUCAUUUGCGCCUCACGUUUACAGGUUAAUCUGCACUAUGAGGCGUCCUAGCAAACCUACAGCAAUUUAGUUAGCAGUCGCUUUGUCAAAAUGUCCAAAAAGUUUUGCUAAAAGUGCUAUUUUAUUUCAGCACUUGCAGUUUUCCAAGGUUGGUGCCUCACAUGGUGAGUGGUACCUACACCAACAUUUGAGAACCUUCGAGUCCUUUGUAAAUAAUCUGGGAUCGGGAAGAUAUUUCAUUCGGUAGUAUGUUCUAGAUUUGAACACACAUGACUGAAAGCUUCUAAUACAGUCUGUACUUUCAGAAAAUCGCUCUUUAAUGUGCAUUUGAAUGUAAAAUGUCAAGCAAAUAAAAUAAUA